UUUUACACUAAUAAUUAAGUAACCCAGACUUGUCUGAACUGCGAGGUCUGCUUAUUGAAAUCAAUUGAAAGUGCGUAUGUUUCUGUAUUGGCUGCUUGCUCGUCUUCUCUACUUUCCAUCUCUUCUCUGGAAUAUCGUUCGUCAAGGUGGAAACAGAAGAUGGUAUGAUCGCAUCGAUAACUUCGUUCUGUUAGGAGCGCUGCCGCUCAGACGUCACGCCGACGAGCUUGUAGAGAAGCACAAUAUUAAGGGCGUCAUAUCUGUAAACGAAUCAUAUGAAACUCGUUUCUUUACCUUCUCACCGGAAGAAUGGGCAUCACGUGGAGUUGAAUACAUACGACUCGAUGUCAGAGAAUACUUUUACGCACCUUCACUUCUUCAGAUAUCAACUGCUCUGAACAUGAUAGAAAGACUGAAGAAAAUGGAUCACAACGUGUAUGUUCACUGUAAAGCAGGAAGAGGACGAAGUGCAACACUCGUGGCGUGUUAUCUCAUGAAGGAUCAAAAGUUAAAUCCUCAAGAGGCAGUGGAUUUGUUGAAGGCAAAACGUCCACAGGUGAAGCUGGGGAAGUUCCAAUGGGAAGCAAUUAGGGAGUUUUAUAGACAAGAAAAUGAGCAUGGAAAAUGGGAAUAUGGAAAAUAA